UGCUAUUCGUUGUCUUUCGCAAUGGUAAGUUGUUUUUAGUGUGCUCAACAUGGGGCAGUUCAUAUUUUGAGAAGCCAAAACUCAGACAUGUUUUGAUCCGUCUCAAUUUACAGAUCCUGAUUUCACUUUUACAAUAAGAGAGGCCACUUUGUGUGGGGGCGGGUUUCUCGUGUACCUUCUUCCUGACGUUGCUAUCACUUGGUAUACCUACAUCUAUCAUUACAGCUGUCUUCCUUUUCUUGGUCAAGCAGAAAAAUAAAACGAACAAACAAACAAACAAAACCCCCAAAACAUGAUUUUCAGAUUAAAUGACCCACGCGUAAACCAAAGAUGUCUAUGGUUAUGACACAUACUUCUGUGGACAUUAAGAGAAGAAUAGCAUUCUCCUUUAUUGACACCUGCACUGACAUAUUUAGCGUUCCUUAACCGUUACUGUCCUUGUAGCAAUAAAUCGCUUAAUAAACGUGUAAAUAUAUAAAUGUAUUUUACAUAACCAAAAACUGUUUUCUGUUAAGUCAUUUAAACCCAUUUCAACAGUUAUGCCAUGAUUUUCUAGGAGUCGGUGAGUGACAUAAAAGCUAAAGGGCAUUUUUUUAACAGCUACAAGCGCACAAAACACCGAGGCUCGACUGCAGCUGGUAAAAACUCCAAUCCAACUAAGCCUUAAGCUGUCAAAGCUUACACAGACAGCAGGAUGUCUGUUUUUACACUGUUUUGUUGGAAUAAACUACGGUUGAGACCACAGAACAUAAGGAAUCUUCUGCACAAGAAUGCCGGUGUUUGUCCGAAUCAGGAGUCUAGGCACCACAGCUCUGGACGGCAACAAAGAAGGAGGGUUGUUAUCACAGGAAUAGGGUUAGUUUGUCCUCUGGGCACGGGCACUGCUCUGUCCUGGGACCGUCUGAUCAAAGGUCAGAGUGGGGUAGUUCCCCUGGACUCAGAAGAGUACAGGACUCUCCCCUGUAGAGUGGCAGCUCUGGUACCCAGAGGAACCAAGGAGGGUCAGUUUGAAGAGGAAACAUUUGCUUCUCGUAAGGAGAUCAGUAGCAUGUCAUCAGCAACCGUAAUGGCCCUUGGAGCUACUCAGCUGGCCCUGGAGGAUGCAGGCUGGUGUCCCAAAAGCCCGGAGGAGCAGCUCAGCACAGGGGUGGCUGUUGGGAUGGGCAUGGUGUCGCUGGACGAAAUCGCUCGUACCUCCUCCCUCUUCCAAGAGAAGGGGUACAACAAAGUGAGUCCAUUCUUUGUGCCACGCAUCCUUGUCAACAUGGCUGCUGGACACAUAAGCAUCAAACACAAACUAAAGGGUCCCAAUCAUGCCGUGUCCACAGCUUGCACCACAGGUGCACAUGCCGUAGGUGACGCAGCCAGGUUCAUCGCUCACGGGGAUGCAGUUGCUAUGGUUGCAGGGGGUACAGAAUCCUGUGUGGGGCCACUUUCUUUAGCUGGCUUUGCUAGGGCCCGUGCCCUCGCGACCAAAUGGAAUAACAACCCUACACUGGCAUCAAGGCCUUUUCAUCCAGAAAGAGAAGGUUUUGUGAUGGGAGAGGGGGCAGCUGUGCUCCUGCUGGAGGAUCUGAACCAUGCAGUGAGUAGAGGAGCCCGGAUCUACGCAGAGGUCUUGGGUUAUGGGCUCUCAGGGGAUGCGACUCACAUAACUGCUCCUACUGUGGAUGGUGAUGGGGCAUUCAGGUGCAUGUCUGCAGCCUUAAAAGAUGCAGAUGUCUCUCUGGCUGAUGUCACAUAUAUAAAUGCUCACGCCACAUCGACGCCUUUGGGAGAUGCAGCAGAAAAUGCAGCCAUCAAGAAACUUUUCCAGCAAAGUGCUAGCAUCCUGGCUGUGUCCUCUACCAAGGGGGCCACAGGACAUCUGCUCGGGGCUGCUGGGGCUCUGGAGGCAGCUUUCACCGCUCUGGCCUGUUACCACAAAGUCCUGCCCCCAACCCUUAACCUGGACAGAACAGAGCCCGAGUUCGACUUGAAUUACGUUCCCUGCACAGCGCAGCAAUGGCAGACUCGGGGUCGACGGGUAGCCCUCACAAAUUCAUUCGGCUUCGGCGGCACCAAUGCCUCACUGUGUCUCGGCAGCAUCUGAGGACACACUGGGAAGUUCUUCUCAUUGAUCAGAUCACAUCCAGGCAAGAAAUAUUUAGUAACAGACUGGUGAUGUUGGCUGUUCCUAUGAAAUAAUUUCAGUGGAACUUUUUCCACACUAGUUUGCAACAAUCUGUCCUGGAUUUUUAUGGAAAGACAUCAUUUGGAAUUUGUUCCGUGUGUGUGUGUGUGUGUGUGUGUGUGUGCGCGCGUGCGUGUGCGUGUGUGUGUGUGUCUGUGUGGUUUCUUGAUCUGAUAUUCAAAUGAUGUUUUUGUGCACCUGUAUUAGGUACACCUAUGUAUCUAUAAUAACUCAGCAAUAAAUUUGAGUACAUUUAAAUAUUUUGUUGAUGUUACCAGGGGAUGACGAUUGUACUUUAUAGUUAUGUGUGCCUAUGGAAAGAGGCACACAUAUUACUAUUC